UUCAAAUUUUUCAUUCUCUCAAAUCUUUACACAAAUUCUCAAGCAGCUUCAAUCUUCUCCAGUUCCCCCCUUUCCGAUCAAGGAAACCAUAGUUUGCAAGAUGAAGUCUUCCUCCACCACCACUGCUAUCAUUGGCGGUAUUUUGGCUGUCACAGGCAGCGCAAUACCUAUCUCUCAAAACCCAGCCAGUGCCGCUGUCAGCACGCCCUCCUUCAGCCCUGAGGACAGCAAUGUCGCUGGGACGUUCACAGCUAUUGCUGGACGCUCGCCAGCCACCACCCCAGUCUCUUCGAGUGCAUUCGCCUUCUUGGGCGGGUCUGCAGUUCCCAUCUUGGACUUAGGUCCUGGCCAUGAAGUUCUUGAUUCUGGCAUUCCAGAAAUCUUAACCACACUCUCCACCUCCACCGUUGGAACUCCAAUAAAGACAAGUGUUACUAGCUCUGCCACGGCAAGUCUUUUCCCAGGCUUCCAUCCUCACUUCGGUCAUGGACCCGCCGUACCCGGAAGAGGACUCAAUUCCUCUCGUAAGGCUGGCCGAAAGCCAAAAAACCGCCAUCCACACUCCCGCCACGGGACCGUCGUGCACGGAGAAGGCUUCAACCACAACAGCCUGACUUCCAACUCGACUGCGCCAAAGCUCACGUCCGCAACGGCUUACCUGACCUUCGAUGACUUAGUCAACCCUAAAUUCUUGCCCCACACCGGCUACAACUAUUCCUCCAUGCGUUCCAUGUGCGAGAAAUAUAUGUCCAUGGAAAAGUGGCGCCGUUGGCGCUUCUCCGACGAGAAGCACUCUUCCGACAAGGUUCAUCACAACUCCAUCCAUGGCCGCGACCUACCCAAUGCCGUAGUAAGCCCUUAUCGCGAGCUCUAUCCUGACUCCAGGCCCGCCAAAGACUCUGCCAAUUCCGCACCAGCACCCGCAGCCCCGAAAGUCAUCGACAUCGCUUGUGCCAGACGCGAGCUUGAUGAGAAGAUCCAAGAGCAAAAUAACAUGAUCGAUUACUACAAGCACUUAAUCGCCGAGAUGGAGGAUGAUAUCAAGGACGUUAAGAAGCAUAAGAGUAAGAACCAUGGCAGCAGUGAGAAGGCAUCUUACAUCCACAACGCUGAAAUCCGCAUGGCUCAUAAGAUGGAGGAACUGAAGAAAGUUAAGGUUGAGAAGGAAAAGUUGGUGAAGGAGAGAAAGCUGCUUGGUGACAUACCGCCUUAGGUGAUGGGAUUCAAGCAAGAAUAGUUCUGCAGUGAUCACUGGCACUGCGUAAUCAGGCUGGUUUUGCUGGAUACUGGCCAUGAAAAUUUCCCUCUUUCUUUGGUUUGAGUUUGGAAAUUUUUAGUGAACAGUGUUUAUCAUUUUGGACCUUAUUUGCACCCAUCUGAGUGUUAAUGCUACCUUUCCGUCGAAGGACGAAGCAUAGCGUAGCCAAAAAGGACAGUUGGAUUUGGACGCUUACAUAUACCUGUCCACAUGUUUGUCCUGCUAUUUAGUUCAGCAUAGCGCAGCUAGGAAGAGAUUUGGCAGCGC